AUGCUGGUACUCACCGGCACAAGCGGAAACCUGGGCUCCCGGGUCCUCGACACCCUCUUGCGCCAGAAGCUCAUCCCACCCUCCCAGUUAAUCAUUUCAACAAGCAAUCCCAGCAAAGUCCCACCUGCUGCCAAGGAAGCUGGCAUUGAGAUACGCGAGGGCGAUUUUACAUCUCCAGAUUCACUUUCGUCCUCAUUCAAAGGAGCAGAUGCUCUUUUCCUGGUCUCAUACCCUUCGCCGAGCGUCGACAGAUGGCUUCAUCACAAAGCCGCCAUCGACACUGCCAAAGCCGCUGGAGUAAAGACCAUCAUUUACUCGAGUCUGAUGUUCGGCGGCAAGACAGGCAUGGACAGCAUAGCCGGUGUCCAACAAGCGCACAUCAAGACCAUCGAGUAUCUCACCAAAACUGGGCUGCAGUAUGUGAUUGUGAGAGAGGGCAUUUACGCGGAAAGCUGGUGGCUGUACGCUGGCUUCCAACCACAGACCUUCAAGAAAGGCGACACUAGUGAGAUCACGUUUGUCAUUCCCAACGACGGUCCUGUGUCCUGGGUCACAUGGGACGACUUAGGUGAAGCCACUGCCAAGAUCCUUCAGAACUACGAGGGAUAUCUUGGCCAAACCUUGAAUCUCACGGGGCCCAGAGCCACCAGCAUUAGUGAUGUUGCAAAGAUCGUUGAGAAAUGUACUGGUCGCAAAGUCAAGGUCAACAUCGUAGGCAGACAGGAGGCUGAACGAUAUCACAAAGAGAACAAGAGUGUUCCGGAAAGCGGCUUCUGGGUCAUUGAGAGCUGGGCAGGUUGGCAUGAUGGGAUUGCGAAUGGGGAGACCGCAACGGUCGAUCCCUUGAUCGAAGACAUUCUGGGCAGAGCGCCUCGAGGCAUCGAGGAGGUAGCUGACAGUCUCUUCACUCCUCGAUGA